GAUCGUGAAUAUCGCGCGAGUCGCGCGUAAGUGAAAGUUCGAAUCGACGUUCGAUCCGCGUGCGCGAUAAAAACGCGGUGUGUUUCAGGCCGUCGAGGGGAACGUCGUCAGUGUCGUAUCUUGUGGUCGGCCUUGCGAUGCGAUGAUAAAAUCACCGGCGGAGGACGUGCGCGCGUCCGCGUUCCGUGCGUACACGAACGUAUCGCCGGGGCUCCAUUAUCCGUCGCGAAUGUCCGUCCGUGACGGUUCGGUCCUCGCAUCUCGCGACUCAUGGUCGAAGCCCGCUCGCUUCGAUCUCGCGAUACAUAGUUGCGUCCGCGUUGUGUCGAGCACGAAUGUUGCACACGACGUGGCGUGUCGUGCAGAUCGAUAGCUUGAAAAAGAAAGGAACGCAGGCUAUCCGGAGUGCGAACGGCGCGAUGCAACGCGACCAACGUGCGGAACGACAAAUUGCAUAACGCGCUAAUUCCGCGAGAUCGCCGCGGCGUGCGGGGUCAGGGUCGUUCUUGUUUAUUUAUUUCCUGCAAAAAUUGUCGCGCGGGGUUGGUAUCCCUGGUGUUUCUCGCAGUACGUUCUACCUAUGCUCAUCGCUCGCUCACGCCUGUACAAUGUGUUUACGUUGUAACUCUGGAAACGCUGCUUCCAUGUAAGAUCGCACUACGCCGAUACGUGUCUGCAAUAUGAAGCGCACGUUGAAGCUGAAGGUAGCCGAAGAAGACAGUGAAAGCAAACGGACUUUUGUCAAACAAGAAUCAAUGAACUACAAUUUCGAAGCUUCUUCGUACGCUAACUACUCGUCAUCGAGUACUUCGCCUUCCACUAUCGCUCAGCCCCUACCAGGACAACCACCUUUGCCUGCGAUGCCACCUCCUAGUGGAGUCCCACCCCAGCCCCAUGUAUUUGGACCAGUGCCUUCCCAAGUCACUCCCAUUUCAACCUGGACACAUACUCCUUGGCAUUGGCUAGCCACACAAACAUCUCCUUUGCCAUCACCAACUCCACGCGAGAUCACUAAUACGUUUCAAAGAGAGAUGCCUCUACGAGGUAACUACAUACGACGUGAAAGAUUCUCUCACAAUAGAAAUUACAUGUAUGGUCAGAGAAAUAAUUUUCAUCGUAAAAAUAGAAGGCCAGCACGGGUCGGGCAGUCACAGGGUCAGUUUGAACAAACCGCAUACUUUAACCCAACAUUGGCGAGUGGUCUUGGUUUAGAAUGGCAAAGAAAUAAUUAUACCACAACAGCAAAUGAUGUUAUAAUAAACCAUAUGACUGUUCCUCUACCCAAUCAUCCUAUACCUCCUCUCCCAACAGGAAUCGUAACCAGCAGGCAUGGUGAGGAAACUGAGGACCAAGAUGAAAAAAUUGUACCGGAGGAAGUUGUAGUGAAGAAGAAUAAGCAGAGAAAACCGAUGUCCCAGAGUUAUCCAAGUAGACCUUGGAACAGAGAAGACGCGGAGAGAGCCCUUAAGACUGAAAAUGAAUACAAUAAGACAAUUAAAGCACAAAGCUUAAUCAUUAAAUUCCCUGAUCCAGAUCUGAAUAAGGAUAUUGUUAGAUUAUUUCAUCCUGGCAUACAAAACAUACAUUUUCAAAGUCCGAGUGGACCAAGAUAUUGUUUCAUCCAGAUGGCAGAGAAUGUAAAUAUAGACGAUGCUAUAAAAGAGUUGGAAAAAAUUCAGUUUGGCACAGGACACUUAAAAGUCGAGAGGAAAUCGUUGAGAGACGAAGAUAACCCAAUGCCUGAGGAAAUAGAUCCUUACACUUUAUACAUAGGAAAUUUGCCCGAGUCUGUUAAUGUAAACGAAGUAAAAAGUAAAUUUCCAACAGCUGCACGAGUAGAUGUAGGGUAUGCGCAAAAAAUGAGAAAUACUCGAUAUGCUUUUAUAAGGUAUAACAGUGUAGACGAAUCGAUAUCAGCUUACAAACAAGCGCAUGACCUAAUGUGGGAUACGAGAAGUAUUAUUGUUAGAUUUAGACGGCAACGAGGUAACACUUGUCUUCCUGGCGAACCUAAACCUAACGUUAAGAAAGUUAAAGAGGAAUUUAAGAAAGUUAAAGAAGAGUUUAAGAAAAUUAAAGAGGAACUCAGUAACGCCGCGCAAGUGAAAAAGGAACAGAAGGCGAAUCAUGUUGAGCCUAAAUCUGGCGUUAAAAAAGCGAAGGAAGACGGAAAUCAAGUGAAGAAAGAGGAUAAAAUCAAUUACACAGACAAAUCGUCGACAAAUCAAGAGACAGAUGCAGAGGCGCGAUUGCAGGAUAACUCCAACAAUGCACAAAGUAGUAAACCAGCAUCGCAAGCUCCAGAACAAAAUGCGAAUUCUCAUUCGUCCACAUUACCAACUUCGAUUACGUCAGCUAAAACAGUGCAGGAGCAACAACAACAACCUUGGACUUCGCAACCUCCUCAGAUACCUUCAGCGUCAGAAGCCCCACCACCAAUUCCAACGGAGGCAGAAGCCAUCGAGGAAACAAUAAUGCUUACUGAAAUCAAAGAGGAACCCGUAGAUUACGAUGAAAUGGAUGUGUCGUGUAACAUGCAAUCAGAUGAGGAUGACGACGAUGACGAUGAUGAUGAUGACGAUGACGACGAUGACGAUGAAGAGCUGGAUGACACUGAUGAUGAUGAAGACUUUGAACAGGAUGACGAAGACGAAGAUAUCGACGAUGAUGGAAAUAUAACGUUCAGUGAUAAGCUACAGGAUAAAGUAUCACAGGAUGAUAAAGAAGAAACAACCGAUCGUCUCGAUGAGAUGUUCAGUGAAUUAGAAAAUAUGACCGGCGAUAUCGGUUUCUUGAAAAAUUGAAAAAAUUACCAUUUUAAUAUUCGUAAUCACGCCGCCCUUAAAAAAUUGUUUCAUACUUAAUGUGUACAUAUUAGUUGUAGCUACAUAACGAAUAAGACUGCAUGUAUUUAAAUAUGAUAGUGUAAGCAUUAUUCUAUCUAAAGCUCCUGUUUGCAAUUUAUCUUACUGCAGUCAAAUUGAAUUAUGACGUUAAAAAACGAGAAAUCACGUAGUUUUUUUUCUCGAAUUGUGUAUCGAGAUAUAUUUUUUUUGCAUGCCAUUUUUACCCCCGCGUUAAAUAAUAUAAAUUAGUCAAAUAUACUGACAUUUUCUCUGAUUCAUGUAGUAAUAAAUAGCUGUAAAUCUUGUACAAAUAUUAUGGUCUAUUUUCGUUGAAGAUAUAUAGAACAUACAUAGAUUGAACAGUACAUGCAUUUAUUAACACGGGAUAACAAAAGCUAAAAUGUCUUUUAU